AUGGGGGGAAUUAUAGAAGAGAAAGAAGAAAGUAAAAAAAAUAAAAAAGAGAGAGGAAGUGAUCAGAAAAGCAUCCAAAACGCAGCAGGAUCACCCGAGCUGUUCAGCAUUCCGGUCCUGAUAGGACACAGGGGCGUGGGCGCGGGGAUGGAGAGGCAAGAGAACACGAUCUUCUCAAUAAACAAGUGCGGAGUCUUUGGGAAGAUGGCAGAAAUAGACGUACAGCUGAGCAGAGACUUGGACGUAUUUGUGUUUCACGAUCUGGCGAUAGAUGGCGUAUAUUUGGACCAAAUCAGUACAUCUGAGCUGCUGGAUCGAAAAAUAGACACGCUUUACGAUCUGCUGAUGAACACAGAGAUAGAUCUAAACAUUGAGAUAAAGUACGAAAUCCAGUCUAUCUCUGUGGACAUCUGGUGCGAUAAAGUCGUGGAAACAGUUAAAAAAGCACAGAAAAAAGGAAGAAAGAUCGUAUACAGCUCAUUUAACAGGGACGUAUGCCAGACCAUGCAGAGAAAGGGAGAAGAAGUGCUGUUUUUAGUGGAGAUACUAACAGAAGAGUCCGUUAGCUAUGCAGUGGAUGUUGGGUACAUGGGAAUAGUAACAGAGGUAGACGAGGUACUAAACAACCCCGGCAUUGUUGAAACGGUCAAGAGACACAUGCUGUAUUUAGUGACAUACGGCAAGAACAACAGCGAUAUUUCAGUGGUAGAUAAGCAGAUAGCCAUGGGCGUAAACAGCAUUAUUACAGAUGAAAUAGAAGAGCUGCUGAGAAUAUACGACAUUCCCAGGUAUACGAUAGAGAAGAUCGAAAAAGAAGCAGAAACAUCAGCAGAAACAGAGCAGGAGUUCAUGACGCAGAGGAUACUGAAGUAG